AUGGAGAUCAAGGGUUCGAAGGAACUGAAGUGGCUUCCUAGAUUGCGGUCUCCACCUGAUACUCGCGACAAGAGCAAGUACUGUGAUUUCCAUAGAGAUCAUGGACAUACAACGGAAGAUUGUUUCGCCUUGAAGCGGGAGAUUGAAGCUCUUAUAAAAGGGAGAUUUUUGGGCUUUUACAUUAGCAAUGACAAGUGCCCAAUGAAUAAUCAGAACAGAGACAAGGGCCUAGAGGGUCUGGGAAACAAGCAACAAACCACAGAGGACAUCACUUUUGGAACAGGGGACUUGGAAGGCAUAGCAUUCUCUCAGGAUGAUGCUCUGGUCAUAUCGGCCAUCAUCACCAACUUUGAAUUCAAGAGAAUUCUGGCAGACAAUGGAAAUGUAGCUAAUGUACUAUUUCAUGAAGUCUUCGUUCAAAUGGGGAUCUCAUCGAAGCACCUCAAGCCAGUCAAAACACCUCUCCAAGGAUUUGGAGGUGGGGUCAUCACCCCGAAAGAUAUUGUCGGGUUGCCUUUAACAUUGGGGGACAGAAGAAUUCAAGCUAUUGUCUCAACUUUCCACUUGGCUAUGAAAUUUCCUACAAGUAAUGGAAUCGGGGUAGUUCGAGGUAGCCAAACAGUGGCAUGA